AUGUACUUCAGGGGUUGCACUAGCGGCUCACCGAGGCAAUCAUUCAAGUAUGUCAUGGCUGAGGGUAUCGUCAAGAAUUUCAGCUACCCUUACGAGGCUAAGGUCGGAGCGUGCAAGAAACCAAUCACCACUAAUGUGAAGCAGCAGUGUCUGAAAGUGAGGCAGCUGUCUCGAGCGAAUGCCUAA